AUGCCGCACUUCGAAGACCUAGCCCCUGCAUACUCCCCACCGUCCAUCCUCGGCGACCGCAAAAGCCCCGAAAUGUGCAAGUCGUUCUUCGGUUCGUUCAAGGAUAAGCUAUCCCGCAAGUCGACUCCAUCUUCGCAGGAGCCCCAAAACAUCGCGCAGUCCAGCAUGAUGCGUCGCAACAAUCCCUUCGCCCACCCUCCGGCGACUCUUCAAGCCAACUCCCCUGACCAGCCUCCCCCCGCCUAUACCGCGACAGUUGCCCCUCAAUCUGGCGCCAACUAUCUGGCGGCUCUGGGUGGCCCCGUCAGAAGCUCGUCCCCUGCCCUGUCCAACGCUGACUCCAUCAUAUCCGCUGGUGGCAUGAGCGUCUCGACGCCGGAGGACCCCUAUGCCUUUCUAUCCUCCUUUGACACCAUCUUUCUUAUCGACGAUUCGGGUUCAAUGGCCGGCCGCUCGUGGCCCGAGGUUCAAAAUGUUCUCCGCGCUGUCACCCCUAUCUGCACAUCACAUGAUGAUGACGGUAUUGACUUGUACUUCCUUAACAACAAGACGUCGGACAGCGGCAACGCGAGAGCAGGCAAGGCUGCUGGUGGCUACUACGGCAUCUGCCGUGCCGAGACGGUCCAAGAAAUAUUCACCACUGUCCGUCCCCGCGGCGCUACACCCACCGGCCAGCGUCUUCGUGCCAUCCUACGACCAUACUUGCAGCUCCUCGAGAGAAAUGUUGAUGCCGAGGACGUCAAGCCUAUUAAUAUCAUCGUCAUCACCGACGGUGCUCCAUCAGACGAUGUUGAGUCUACCAUUAUCUCCGCAGCUAAAAAGCUCGACAAACUCGACGCCCCUAUGCACCAAGUUGGUGUGCAGUUCUUCCAGGUUGGCAAUGAGCCUGGUGCCCGCGAGGCGCUUCGUGAGCUCGACGACGAUCUCGUCAAUAGGGUUGACGGUGACCUUCGCGACAUGGUUGACACUGUCACCUGGGAGCAUGGUAACCGGGGCGUGCUCACGGCGGACAGCAUUCUAAAGGUCGUCCUCGGAGCUGUGGUCAGACGUCUUGACCGUCGUCGUACAAGUGGCGAGAGUCGUCGCUAA